AUGUCUUCAGCGGUGGACGAGCGCAGGCCACUUCUAGACGGCGAAAGCCAGGGUCAAACCUUGGCUUCAAGGACCAGGCGUCAAUUGCGUGCGGUCUUCGCUCCGCUUGCUGAACCAGAAAGUCUCCGUCCCCUCGAGCGGUUUCUGCUCUUCCUUUCCGUGGCGCUGCUGCUAUUGGCCUCGAUCUUUGCCGGCCUUUUCUUUGGACACCGCGCCUCAGACGACCAUACGGGAGUCGGCAACCCCAGUCCGGGUGGAGGCUCGAAGGAGGUGGCUUGCAUCACCGCGGACUGCGUUCGAACCGCUUCAGACGUCCUGCACGCAAUCGACGUCUCUGUCGACCCCUGUCAUGACUUUUAUGGCUUUGCUACUGGAGGCUGGAGAGAAGAGCACCCCAUCCCACCAGACGCUGGACUCUUUGGGAUCGCACAGAAUAUCGCUGCUGAGAACGCCAAAGUGAUUCAGAAGCUUCUGGACGAGGCUCCGAGUGGUCAGCAGGCCCACGCGACGCUCCUGGAGGCAGGUUCGAGCCUGGGCGAAGCUGACAAAGCCGAUCAGCGCAACUUAGGCAAGCUUAAAGAUUUCUACACCUCUUGUAUGGACCGCCAGGCGCAGAACGAGGUCGGUGCACGACCAGUGGUAAAGCUGGUGCAACAAAUUCGCCAACGCUUUGCAAAGCAUGCGGCUAUCAUUGACAGCUCGGAGAGUGGUCCUGUGCCGCCCAAUCAGCCCCCCGGAAGAUCACCCGUACCUCAUCCACCUACAGAACGUCCACAGCCAAUGCCGCCUGCAGGUGCCAGGCAGAAGCUGCUCACCGACGCCCUUGCCUGGUCUCACGCGCAUGGGUUCACGCCUUUCUUCAGCUGGAUGAUCGACGGGGAGCGCGUCAAAGAUCCAACUCUAGGCACUCCCUACCUCUCUCCCGACGGUCUUGGUCUGGCUGACAAGGACUACUACCUGGACAAAGAGGAAAUAGACUUCUACGUGAACACGGUCAAGACCGCUUUUACUGAAUUGCAUAAGGAAGAGCAGCGAUGGGCUGACAAGGGAGCAGAGAUGCUGAGUGUGCCCCAAAAAUCGGGGAGAGGUAAGCGGAGCUUCGAUUCCCUUUCUAAAGAUGUGGUGGAACUCGAGGCAUCCUUGGCAGCCAUCACGCCAGACGGCGAGGAACAGGCAGAUCCGCUCGGAACGUAUAAUCCCAUCACUGUUGCAAAGCUCUCUUACGAUUUGACCAGCAUUGACCUGCCCAAAUAUUUCAAGCUCAUCGGCGUCAAUACUCCCAAGGAAAUUAUCUCUAUCUCGCCAAAGUACGUUCAAAAGUUGGACAACCUCGUUAGUCGCACACGUGAUGAUGUUCUCGAAGCAUACCUCGUGUGGACAGUCCUGCGUACGCUGGGCUUGGCCCUCGGUCCGUCGGUUCCUCUUCGGCGAUCAAUCGAUGCUCUCGACCGCAGAUCAAAGGGAGUAGACAACGACGCGGUGGAGGAUCGCUCAGCAUUCUGCCAGGAGUCACUCAACUCAGUGCUGGGCUUUCUCGCCGGGCGGUAUUUCGUCAGAGACUCGUUCCCGCAGCAGUCCAAGGACAAGGCCGAAUCGAUCAUUGAUGACAUCAUCAAAGCCUUCAAAUCACGACUUCCAGAGUUGGACUGGUUGGAUCCCAAGACGAGACGCAAGGCGGAGGCAAAGGCAGAUGCUGUCAAAGUUAAAGUUGGCUGGCCCACUUCGCCCAACACGACGAAUGCCAUCGCAAUGGAGGCUUUCUACGCUGACUUGGAUAUUAAGCCCGGGGAGUAUUUGGGAAAUGUGUGGCGAAGUCAAGUCCGGGGCGUGCGCCGAGAUUGGGCCCAAGCAGGCAAGAAGCUCGACGAACAGCGAUGGGAUAUGUUCCCCGCAGAAGUUAACGCCUAUUACAAUCCCGGAGGAAAUGAAAUUGUGUUCCCUGCUGGCAUUCUGCAACCUGCUUACUUCAGCUGGCGUUGGCCGGACUACCUUCAGUACGGUGCGUUCGGCAGCGUAGCUGGUCACGAGCUCUCUCACGCAUUCGAUCCGGACGGCCGGCUGUUCGACAAGCGCGGCGCCCUCAAAGACUGGUGGACCCCGGAAACCGCCCAAGCUUUUAACAAGCGUAGAGACUGCUUGAUCGACUGGUAUGGCAAUCAAACUAUUCCUGAUGGCAAAGGUGGAGAACUUCACCUACGCUCACGCUUCACCAUUGGAGAAGACAUAGGAGACGCCGGCGGCCUAGCACAGUCGUGGAGGGCCUGGAGAGACAGCCUGUCGCGACAAGGUGCACAGGAAAAGAACCCUCUGUUGCCUGGACUCUCUUACACUAGGGAACAGCUUUUCUACUUGGCUUAUGCCAUUGGAUGGGCGCGCAACAUCAGGCAAGGAGAGCUGGUCCGCCGUCUCAGAACAGAUCCCCACUCGCCCACGAUCUACCGCGUCAACGCGGCUCUUGCAAACAUCGAGAGCUUCGCCGACGCAUGGGGUUGCAAAGCAGGUAAAGACCCCAUGGCCAGGGCCGCCAAGGACAGGUGCGAGAUUUGGUGA